AUGUCAGUAUACACAGCUUCAACCACUGCACCAGUGAAUAUCGCCACCUUGAAAUACUGGGGAAAAAGAGACAAAACUCUCAAUCUUCCAACCAACUCCUCCAUCUCUGUGACCUUGUCCCAAAAAGACUUGAGAACCUUGACCUCUGCAGCCUGCUCAGAAACGUUCAAGGAAGACAGAUUAUGGCUUAAUGGUAAGGAGGAAUCGUUGUCGUCUGAAAGAACUAGAGCAUGUCUCGGAGACUUGAAGAAAUUAAGAAGCGAAUUGGAAGCUGCUGAUGCUUCAUUACCUAAAUUGUCCACCUACGGUCUUCACAUUGUAUCGGAAAACAACUUCCCUACUGCCGCUGGGUUGGCAUCAUCGGCCGCUGGGUUCGCUGCUCUCGUGGUGGCCAUCGCCAAGCUAUACAAAUUGCCCCAGGAUAUGAGUGAGCUUUCCAAGAUCGCCAGGAAGGGGUCCGGCUCCGCUUGUCGUUCCUUGUUCGGAGGCUACGUUGCCUGGGAAAUGGGUGACCAGACUGAUGGUGAAGACUCAAAGGCCGUGGAAGUUGCUCCUUUGGGCCAUUGGCCAGGUAUGAAGGCUGCUAUUUUGGUUGUCAGUGACGACAAGAAGGACACUCCUUCUACCUCGGGAAUGCAGUUGACUGUAGCCACCUCUGACUUGUUCCAGCACAGAAUAAAGGACUUGGUACCAAAGAGAUUCGUCGAGAUGAAGGAAUCGAUUUUGAACAAAGACUUCCCAACAUUCGCCGAGUUGACAAUGAAGGAUUCUAACAGUUUCCAUGCUGUGUGUUUAGAUUCCUACCCACCAAUCUUCUACUUAAACGAUACUUCCAAGAAGAUCAUCAAGUUAAUUCAUAAGUUGAACGAAUUGGAGGGUGAAGUUAUUGCUGCCUACACGUUUGAUGCUGGUCCAAACGCUGUCGUCUACUACGAGGAAAAGAACGAAUCAAAGGUAUUGGGCUUCCUCUAUAAAGUAUUCCACCAAGUCGAAGGAUGGAAGAAGCAAGAGGUUCCAUCCACCUUGAAUUUCGAGUUUGAUGAUCAAUUAUACAAGGGAGUUUCCAAGGUCAUCUUAACUGAAAUUGGUCCUGGCCCCCAGGAAACCGAGGAAAGCUUAGUCAACGAACUUGGAUUACCAAAAUAA